UUAACCGUGCAUUUUCAAGACGCGGCUGCUUAACCGCAGUUACAGAACAGACGACGGACUGCAGUCUGAUUCACCAACAGGUCAAAUUCUUGCUCAUUCAAGUGAACGGAACUUGGAGUGCGAUGAACUCGACAAAGAGUCGGUUCAAAGAGUCGAUUCAGUUUUCCCAAAGUGAAAGUGUUUCUCAUCCUCGACUCCAUUAUUAAGGAGCGGUUAGAAAAACACAAAGAUGUUGAACAGCAGCCAGAUGCAGUGAGAUUCAUGUCCAACAACAAGCAGUGCUGAAGAAAAGUGGGAAUGUGAUUGAUUCCAGCAGAAGAGAUCGAUGUCUUCAGGACUCUGCAUGUACAUGAGCAUUGAAAAAUGGAGAUCCCUGAUCAGGGCACAGAUCAUGUGACCACACCCUCAAAAGACUGUAAACUACAGAGAGAGAAAUCACAGUCACCAGUGCCCAGCUGUGUCUCCAUGAAGAGUGAUGCGUCUAUGAAUAAACCUUUGAGAUUUAGCACUGGAAUCUCCUCACCUGGACACAGUAAAAUACAGAGAGAGAAAUCACAGUCACCAGUGCCCAGCUGUGUCUCCAUCAAGAGUGAUGCGUCUAUGGAGAAACCUUUGGGAUUUAGCACUGGAAUCUCCUCACCUGGACACAGUGUUCUACAGAAGGCAGGAGACAGAAGAGAGAAGAACAUCAUCACAGCUACAGGACACGACCCAGAAUCAACUGCUGCAGAUGAAUUCCAGAAGAAGUUCAAGUUCAAUCUGAUGAAGAAGUUUCAGUGUUUGAAUGGAUUGAUGCUAAAGCAGGAAAACCAAACCCUCCUGAAUGAGAUCUACACAGAGCUCUACAUCACAGAGGGAGACAGUGGAGACAUCAAUAAAGAACAUGAGGUGAAACAGAUUGAGGCAGCAUCCAGGAGGAACCCAACUGAGGACACACCAAUUAAAUGCAGUGACAUCUUUAAACCUCUACCUGAACAAGACAAAGCAAUCAGGAGAGUUCUGACAAAACCCUUAUCUGAACAAGAUGAGGAACCCAUCUGGAACGUUCUGAAAAAGCUCUUAUCUGAACAAGAUGAAGAACCCAUCAGGAGAAAUCUGAAAAAGCUCUUAUCUGAACAAGAUGAAGAACCCAUCAGGGACGUUCUGAAAAAGCUCUUAUCUGAACAAGAUGAAAAACCCGUCAGGAACAUUCUGAAAAAGCUCUUAUAUGAACAAGAUGAAGAAUCCAUCAGGAGAAAUCUGCAAAAGCUCUUAUCUGAACAAGAUGAAGAACCCAUCAGGAACGUUCUGACUAAGGGAGUAGCUGGAAUUGGAAAAACAGUCUCUGUGCAGAAGUUUGUUCUGGACUGGGCUGAAGGGAAAACAAAUCAGGACGUCCACCUCAUAUUUCCACUUCCUUUCAGAGAGCUGAAUAUGAUGAAGAAGCAGAAACUGAGUUUGGUGGAGCUCCUUCAUGUGUUUUUUAAGGAGAUGAAAGAAAUGGACAUUUCCAGGUUGGAGAAGGUUUUGUUCAUUUUUGAUGGUUUGGAUGAGUGUCGUUUUCCUCUGGAUUUCCAGAAGACAGUGAGAGAAGUGCAGUCUUCCAGCAUGUGCUGGUUGACAAUGGCGUCUUCAGAGCGCGUGAGCUAUGAGCGUCUUUCUCGCCUGCAUGGUAUCAAGAUUGCUCCAGUGAUGAAUUGCUCAGUUGAAGACUGCAGUUUAGCGGUCGGACAGAUUGUUGGACAUGACAGUAUAAUGUCAGACUCUGGAAUGAACAGCGCUGUGGUGAUUUUUAUAGAGAACAUUGAGAAAGUAAACAGGGUGAAAAUGGAGUUGUUAUUUAGGAGACGUUUACUCCAGUAA